CGUAAGGAUCAGUUAGGUAUAAGGAAAUAGUAUACUUAUUACAGUCUUGCGUAGAUAGGAUUCAUUCUUGUAAAAAUGAUUGAAAUUGGUGGUCUGCAGUGUGUUUGGGGUAAAUUAGAGACACAUCCAAAAUGUCCACAUGGACCAACUUUGUUAUUAGAGAAACAUGUGGAUGGCAAGCUACAGCAAUUUUAUUCUUGCUCUGCUUAUCGUGAUGCAACAUUAUGUUCUUUUUAUGUAAAGCCUAAAGAAAAACUAACAAAGGAAAAGAAACAGAGGUGGGAACAAGAAUUGAAAAAAUUACCGAAAUAUAAUCAUCAUAAAUUAUAUAUUCAUUUCAAUGAACUUAUGGUAGUAAGUCCAGAAAAAAGAGCUUACUGUCACAAUUGUGAAAAAUUAAUUUUUAUGUCAGAGAUAACUAAACAUAAUGAACAUCUUUUGACAAAAGAGUUGACGGAUACUCAAAUGAAUAAUCCUACUACUUUUCUCAAACCACUGACUAAUGCUAAAAAGGAAGCACAGUAUUUAUUUUCAGAAAAAUCUGUUAAUGACAUAAUGAACAUUCUGUUAAAUAUGAAUGCAGAUCAAGUUCUUUGUAUUGGAGCACCCAGGAUACAUGAACAUAUAUGUGCAAAUUAUCCAAACAAAAUAUCCAGUCUUCUCUUAGAUUUUGAUGGAAGAUUUCAUAAUUUUUUUGGCCCAUUAAGUUUCUGCUGGUACAAUCUCUUCAAUCAUCAUUUUUUCCAUGAAGAAUCAGAAAACGUGUUUAAAGAUUUCCUUACUCAAAAUGGUGGAAAAAAUAUGUAUUUAAUAUGCGAUCCGCCAUUUGGAGGACGCAUGGAAGCUAUGUCUCAAACUAUAAAAACAAUUUCUGACUUGUAUAAAAAGUUAAAUAAGAUUGAAAAUGAUGAUGAAUUAAAGAUCAUGUUUAUCUCUCCCUAUUUCAUGGAAUCCAUUAUGAAACAAAAAUCGAAUCCAUCUGGUGUUUCCGGUGGUCUGAAAGACCUACAAAUGUGCGACUACAAAGUUGAUUAUGAUAAUCAUCCGUUGUUCUUAACGGGAUCAAAUGGCAGAAAGCAAGGUUCACCAGUUCGUAUUUUUACAAACAUUCCACUGAACCUCAUAGAGCUGCCUACAGAAGAUGGAUAUAGAUAUUGCAAGCAAUGUCAAAAAUGGAUUGCAUCAGAAAAUAAGCACUGUAAGAAGUGUAAACAAUGUACAUCUAAAGAUGGUCGAAGAUACAAGCACUGUGAGAUUUGCCAACGAUGUGUCAAACCUACAUGGAAGCACUGCAAUACUUGUAAACGAUGCAUCUUGGAAAAGCACAUAUGUGGUCAAACACCAAAAAUUACCGGACAGUGCUUUAAAUGUAAUGCAUUUGGGCACAUUGAAAAAGACUGUAAAUUUAACAUUGAAAGUUUCAUAGAGAUAAAGCCUGUGAAAAAAUUACAGAAACGCAAGAGUGACAACAUAGAAGAGAUUACCGUGAAAAAAAAGAAAAUUGAUUCCACAUCUGCAAAACAGCAAGAAACUAAUAAAGGCAAACCAAAAACAACCAAGUUAAAGGAGUCUGUGUCUAAGAAGUCUAAGAAUCUAAAGAUGCAGCGUAAACCAGCGACGGUAUUAAAAGGAAAAACGAAUAAAAAUUUACCUGUGCAAAAAUUGCUAAAAAAUUCAAAAACUGUUGAUACCAAAAAGAAAUCAUUUUCGGAUAAACAAAAAUAACUUCAGGUAUUAAUAAGAAAAAAAAAAUUGUUAACGCAUACUUCGUAUGUAAGAUUUAUAUGAUGACGAGAUUUCCAAUAUAAUACAAUUAUGUGUAAAGUAAAUAUAAUUUUUCACAUAUUCAUUAUGCCAAUAGAA